CACCUGCUCGGCGGAGGGAAAGACGCCGCCUUUCUUCUUCUCUGCAAACAUUCCAGGCACGACUCUGUCUCAUAAAAUCAGUCUUAGUGUUGAGUUUCGAUCAACAUCCAAAAUCUUCUUUUGGCGUAUCAAGUUACUCGAGAAUUAUAAAUUAAAAAAAGGAGAAGAAUUUGGUUACACUCUUUAUCUCCAGAGAGAGAUUGUGGUUAAUCCUAUUCAUAUGGAACUUGAUUUAUCUGUUCGAGGUCCUUCUUUCAUUUCCACCAAGAGGAACUCAAGUUUCACGCAACUAUGUAUCCAAAGAUCCAUUUUUUCAGUAAGAUUUCUUCAGAGAAAAAAGAAGAAGCAGCCCGCGCUCUAUGUCUUGUCUAGUCCCUCUAGUUCCAGUUUUAUUAGGUUCCGGAAAAGAUGUGAGUUUAGCCAUAGAAAUCAGUUUGUUGUGUUGAGUGCGAGUGAACAUCAUGUGGGUACUAGUCAGAAACAUUCCGAUUCCACCGAACAGCUCGAUUCGAUUAAGAUUUUGCUCAAACGGGGAAUCGUUUUAGGAGCAGUGGUGUGUGGCUUUUGGUUGUAUGGAUGUCGGAAAGUAUUAGCAUCGACGAAUGUGAUGGAUGUGGCUUUGAGUCAGAGCAAAUUGUUGUUGAAGAAUGCUUGGCCGAAAACUUCUCUGGUUCUUAAGGUUCUUAGAGAGCAAGGUUUGAUAUUAGCUGUGCUUCUCGGUCUUUCAGCAUUCUUCUCCAUGGCAGAGACAUCCAUCACCACUCUCUGGCCUUGGAAGGUGCGCGAGCUGGCUGAAAAAGAGCCUGAAAAUGGCGUUUUCAGGAUGCUCCGCAGUGAUGUUACCAGAUUCUUGACAACCAUACUUAUUGGAACAACUGUUGUGAAUAUUGCGGCAACUGCCUUGGUCACUGAAGCGGCAACAGCUAUUUUUGGUGAAGCUGGUGUUAGUGCAGCAACUGGAUUGAUGACGGUAGCCAUAUUACUCCUGACUGAAAUAACUCCAAAAAGUGUAGCGGUUCACAAUGCUCAAGAGGUUGCAAGGAUUGUGGUCAGACCAGUGGCAUGGCUUUCCUUGAUACUAUAUCCUGUUGGAAGAGUUGUGACAUAUCUUUCGAUGGGAAUUCUAAAACUUCUUGGUUUGAAAGGACGGAGUGAGCCAUAUGUUACUGAAGAUGAAUUGAAACUAAUGCUACGUGGUGCAGAGUUAAGUGGGGCCAUAGAAGAGGAAGAACAGGAUAUGAUUGAAAAUGUGUUAGAGAUUAAGGAUACCCAUGUCCGAGAGGUGAUGACUCCACUUGUUGAUGUAGUUGCAAUAGAUGGCAGCGGCAGCCUAGUUGAUUUUCAUGACUUUUGGGUUACCCAUCAGUACUCAAGGGUGCCUGUUUUUGAGCAGAGGAUUGACAACAUAGUUGGUAUUGCAUAUGCUAUGGAUCUCCUAGAUUAUGUUCCAAAGGGUAAAUUGCUUGAAAGUACUACUGUGGUGGACAUGGCACAUAAACCUGCAUUCUUUGUCCCUGAUUCGAUGUCAGUUUGGAAUCUUCUUAGAGAGUUUAGAAUAAGAAAGGUUCACAUGGCAGUUGUUCUUAAUGAAUACGGUGGAACCAUUGGAAUAAUAACUCUUGAAGAUGUGGUCGAAGAGAUUGUUGGUGAAAUAUUUGAUGAAAAUGAUUCAAAGGAGGAGAUUCAGAAGAAAACGGGUUAUAUCGUGAUGCGAGCGGAGGGGAUAUAUGAUGUUGAUGCCAACACUUCGAUUGACCAGUUAUCUGAAGAACUCAACAUAAAGAUGCCAGAGGGCCAUCAGUAUGAGACUGUCUCAGGUUUUGUGUGUGAGGCCUUUGGGUAUAUCCCAAAGACAGGUGAGAGUGUGACAGUCGUUCUUGAAAAGGAGAACUGGGAAGAGAAUGAUGAACAAGAGGAGGGUAAACACGAGCGUCAAGAUCAGAAGGAAAAGCACCAAGUUCAUAGAUUAGAGAUACUAGCAGGGAAUGCCAGAAAAGUGAGUGCAGUCCGGUUCGAACGAGUUAAUGAUAUGGAUGAAGUGUCAGAGGCGCGAGAUGUAAAAAACAUGGUCCCCAAGUUUGUAAGAAAAUGGAGUAGUGAGGAAGAUUCCGACGGUAAUCUCCAAGCCAAGAAUGCCGUCUUUGAUGAGCAUCUAAUUGCUGAAACCGAAAGUAUGAAGAAAGAAUAAUGAUGAAAGGGGAAGAGGCUGAGGAGUAUGAACAUUACUGUUGUAAAAUUUCUAACUGAGAGAAGAUUAGUUUCUUCUAUACAUUCAUCAUUUGUUUUACCAAUGGUGAGGUAUGUAUCCACAAAGGCAUAAACACUAAAAAAGACUUGAAUAGUGA